AAACCUAACCUCUCCCUCUCCCUGCUUUGCUCUGAUUCCGGCGGCCUCUACUACGUAGCAGAGGAAGGGAAGGCGAGUGGAUCGAAGGGAAGAUGCUGGGUGGAGUUUCGAGGAGAUGGCUCUCAUCUGCAGUGCGAUCUGCCGGUGCUCUGCACCGCCGGGCGUCCCUUGCCUCGCCCUACGCUUCCACCUCAUCUGCCACGGCGGCACCGAACGUAGUCCUCCAUCCGGCGGAGACAAAGCUGAAGUUGCACAAUGAGUUGCUGAAAUCUCAUAAUGGGGUAUUCAGGCCUUGCAAUGCUGGUGAUAAUUAUUUCCUAAGGUACAUGAGUACCACUGGCCAACCUGAGAUAUCUGACACGGAAGAGAGCUCUAUUGAAUUCCCAGUAGCUGAGCAUCCUCCGCGGAUCAAAUUCAAAAGGCCUGACAAAACUGCUAAGUACAUUAUGAAUAUUUUAGACAAAGAAGAAGUGGGCAAAGUGCAAGCUGAGAGAGAGAUUCCUGACAUAAGACCUGGAUAUAUUAUCCAGCUAAAAGUGGAAGUGCCUGAAAACAAACGUAGGACUUCAAGUAUAAAAGGCAUUGUGAUAGCAAGGCGAAAUGCAGGUCUUAAUACAACAUUCAGAUUGCGGAGAAUGGUAGCUGGUGUCGGGAUUGAAUCUGUUUACCCUUUGUACUCGCCAAAUAUUAAGGAGAUCAAAGUGCUGGACAAGAAGAGAGUGAGGAGGGCAAAACUUUAUUACCUCAGGGAAAGAAUGAAUCCAUUCAAGCCAUGAUAUCUUACACUUCGCCGGUCAUUUCAAUUUCGCUACAAAGAAGUCUUCUUGGCCUGUGCAUUGCAGGGUUCAUGCACCACUUUCAUGGAGGUUUCAAGUUCAGGUGCCACUUUAAGGAGGUUUCUUUCAUUGAAGUCUGUAAUUUUAUGUUUUGGGCUCGAUCAAUGGUGACCAACUGCAGUAUAUUCCACUCAUGCCAAAUUAAACUUUUUGUCCUUGAAAUUUUCAUCUUUAAGUCGAUAAAGAUAAACAACUUUUUGGGGUUAUUAAAUGUGAGGAAAACAAUCAUUUAGUUAUGGUAUUUUUUUAAUUUUACUU